AUGUGGGAAAAACUAUCAAAUUCCGGGAACACUCUAGAACUUCUGGUACCAAGCUGUAGUUGAAAAGCUAUAAGUGGAUGAACUAAUCCCUCAUGUAAGGUAAUAAGUCAGAAGGCUUCUGAAAAGAACGUGGGUUAUCGCGGAUCUAAAUCAGCAACAUCCAAAUAUAUUGCUGUAAAAGAGCAACGAGUAUACGGUAGUUGGCCAGGUAGUGUCAUACCUAGCUUAAGAUAUACUCUAACGGGUUCCGAGAGGAAUUAUCAAAUAAAAACCCCUUCUAACCGAAUUUGCUUAGCGUUAACUCGAAAAUUUUCUUCGAUAUCCCCGACAUCUUCGAUUAAAGAUUCUGCCAUUGAGGUAAGAAGUUGUGCUUUUCAUCCUUGAUUUCUCACAGGAUUUGUGGACGGAGAGGGUUCGUUUAUGGUUAAAGUUAGAAGAAACCCUAAGUACCGUACAGGUUUUUUAGUAGAAGCGGUUUUUUCAAUAACUUUACAUAAAAAAGAUCUCGUGAUCUUACAAGAGAUCCAAUCUUAUUUCGGAGUGGGUAGUAUAAGGAAUGAGGCAAAGGAUCUGGUAAAGUUUAGAGUCGAGUCUGUAAAAGAUAUUGUUAACAAUAUCAUUCCACAUUUUGAUAAAUACCCUUUAAUAACUCAGAAGUUAGCAGAUUAUCUCCUAUUCAAAGAUGUUGUUAACAUGAUGGUAAGUAAAGAGCAUUUAACUAAGGAGGGUUUAAAUAAAAUUGUAUCAAUUAAGGCUGUGAUUAAUCUAGGUUUACCCGUGGAAUUACAGCUUUCUUUUCUUGACAUUAUACCUGUGUCAAGACCUUUGGUGCAGAAUAAAACAGUACCAGAUGGCCAGUGAAUUGCUGGGUUCACUUCCGCUGAAGGUUGUUUCAAAAUAACUCUAGUAAAACGACCUAAUAGAAAGAUAGAUCAAGUAUACUUAGUGUUCCAAAUUACUCAACAUUCUCGGGAUGAUAAACUACUGGAGAGUUUUAUUUCUUUUUUUUUGUGCGGAAUAUUAGAAGCAUCUUCAAAACAUCUUGUUGUUAAUUUUUCGGUCUAUAAGUUUUCAGAUAAUUAUGAUAAAAUUAUACCGUUUUUUAAGAAACAUAAUAUUGUUGGAGUAAAAUCGGAUGACUUCAAAGAUUGAUGCAAAGCCGCGGAAAUAAUCAAGGCUAAGCAACAUAUAACUGAAGAAGGGUUAAAUAUGCUUAUUUCACUAAGAUCUGGUAUAAACAAAAGAAGAUCGUUCGAGUAA